AUGGUUGGCAAACUGAAAACACACAAACUCGUCGUCGUAGGCGAUGCUGGGGUAGGCAAAACGGCAUUGGUGAUCCAGAUUUCCUUGGAACAUUUCGUCGAUAGCUAUGACCCCACGAUCGAAGAUUCGUACCGGAAGCAAGUGGUCAUCGACGGGAUACCUUGCAUGCUCGAGAUACUCGAUACGGCUGGACAGGAAGAAUAUUCGGCUUUGAGAGACCAGUGGAUACGGGAUGGUGAAGGCUUUAUCAUAGCGUAUUGCAUCUGCUCUCGGUCGGGCUUCGCUCGUGUGAAAAGGUUUUACGAACAAAUCCGCCGCAUCAAAGACUCAACCAUAUCACAAUUGAACGGUGCCGCUGAGGCACCACUUCGCCCACCAGUUCCUAUCCUUCUUGUGGGAAACAAGGCCGAUAGAGUGACCGAAAGGGAAGUGUCGACACAGGAAGGCCAUGGUUUAGCUGCUAGCCUGGGCAUUGAUUUCAUGGAAGUUUCGGCAAAGAGUGAUUACAAUGUACAGAAAUGCUUCUAUGAUGUCGUGCGCCAGCUCCGGCGCCAACAUGGUGAAGCGCCGGGACAGGGACCUGGACAGGGUUUAUCAGGAAGCACCGAUUACCAGAUGACUAGAACAAUUUGGGGAGCACGAAGGAUCUCAGUACCAGCCAGCGAGAAGUCAACAGAAGCCGGGCGAAGCCGGUUAGCAGCCUCUCUCAUCUCUGCCGCCAAAUCCAACAAUGAAAGACUCGUAUUAGCCCUCAUCGAGGCUGGUGUAGAUGCGAAUACCCAGUCCGGCUCAGACGGUAGUCCGCUGCACGUAUCGGCAGCGUUAGGUCAUGCCAAUAUCGUCAAUAUCCUGCUCAAGAAGGGAGCUGCAGUCAAUGCUCGUGGGCCAGCUGGUGCUCCGCCACUCCAGCUAGCUGCUGCCGAAGGGCACUUGGCGAUCGUUAGACUCCUAAUUCACAAGGGCGCCCUCAUCGGCCAAACAAGCUCGCUACAUGGGACCGCUCUCAUGGCUGCUGCAUCUAGGGGACGAGCGGAAGUCACGCGUUUUCUUCUGAAAAAAGGCGCCAGUGUUAGUGUGGUAGGUGGUCCUUAUGGUAACGCUCUACAGGCAGCGUCAUGGAACGGCAACCCGGAGGUAAUCAAGUACCUCCUAGAUGCGGGAGCGGACGUAAGAGCAAGAGGUGAUGGAGACUGCACGGCACUCCAGGUGGCAGCCUUAGCAGGAAAGGCAAAAGCAGUACAAAUUCUCCUGAGCCGAGGAGCCAAAAUCGACAUUGAUGACCAGAACGGCAAACAUGGUAGCGCCAUAGCGGCUGCCACCAAAGGGGGACAUUUUGAAGCAGUAACGCUAUUACUCGAAGCUGGCGCCAGGCCUUGGGACCCAUAUACAUGUGCAGCGCCAGCUCUCGAAGAACAGCAUGAUGCAGAUGAGGUUGUCGGUGCUCCUCGUCCUGCCAAUACAGAUGCACAGACAACGGCAAGAAUCCCAGGAACCGAGUCGACAGCCACUAGAGAAUCUAGCGAAAGCCAGAGCAAUGAGGCCUCAUCCACUGGUCUUUUUUCAAGUGAACGUGCGACAUUCAGCUCGACACCAACAUCGACACCACCACCCACGUCAGCGCAAAUGUACAGAGCCCCUCAGGUAUCAUCGCAAUCCGAAAUAUGGGGACCAUCAGUAUAUUCAAAUCUACGUAUCCGGCCUACAAUAUCUGUACACGGGUUUUCAACCAUCCAUGACUCUCCCAAUGCUACAGUUGAUAUCGUAUUUAUCCAUGGACUGCAAGGCCACCCGGAGAAGACAUGGAGUUAUAACGGGGGAGGCCCGACCACAAAACCUAGCCCAUUGCGCAGACUCUUCCGCUCGGCUUCCACUUCCAUUGUCGAAGAUUCUCAUAAUAUCUACUGGCCCUACGAUCUACUCGCACAAACUCAAGAUUUCGCAAACACACGAAUGAUGGCUUGGGGAUAUGAUACGAAAGUGGUACGAGAUUUCUUCGGCACCAGCGAUCAACAAAACAUCUCUCAACACGGCAACAAUCUACUAGUUAGUCUACAGCAAGAGAGAAAAUCGAAUCCACAAAGACCCUUGAUAUUCGUUGCCCAUAGUCUCGGUGGUAUCGUUUUGAAAGUGGCGCUUGACAAUUCAAGACGAUCACAACAUCAGCCGCAGUACCUCGACAUUUACAAGUCUACGAAAGGAAUAGUAUUUCUCGGCACACCUCACGGAGGAGCCGGAGUAGCAGACUGGGGCGUCAUUGCAAGCAAGAUCACCAAGUGUGCACUUCAAAGUCCGUCGGACAGGGUGCUGCGGGGCUUGACUCCGAAUAGUGAACUCUUAGAGAAUCUCAGAAAGAAUUUCCUUCAGAUGCUAGAGGAUGACCACUUUAGUAUACAUUCCUUUUACGAGACUCAGCCAAUUUUAGGUCUCUAUGGUCUCAACAGUUUGGUUGUCCCAUAUGACUCCUCUUUAGUCGGUCAUGCCCGGAAGGAAGUUUCGCUUGGGCUCCCGGGAAAUCAUUCCCAGAUAUGCAAGUUCAGGGGUGCUGAUGAUCCUGGAUACAGAGCUGUAUUUGGUGCUUUACAAGAUUACGUAUUGGAGGCAACACGGUCUGCAUCCGUGCCUUCAUCUGGUAACGCGCGAUAA